AUGGCAGCAAUGGCAGCAAAAAGCGAUUUUGAAUUUUGUAAUGUUUGCCGUCGAAAUCACGGUCUAGGAAGACGGCACAUUUAUAGCAAAAAGCAUUGUGCAAUAACAAAACAGAUCUUAAUUAAGUAUGGUAAAAAGAUAAAUGAAACAAGAAAAGUAAUAAGUGCCCCUUCUGUUGUCAAUGGUGAGCUAGAACCUGGAUCAAAGUUUUGGUGUCAUUUUUGUGCCAUUGAAGUAGCAAAACAUAUAACUGAUGGUGAUGUGUCUGUCCAAUUCGGUGGUGUUUUUGAGCAUUUGGCAAGCUUAUUGCUUAGAGUGCUGUGCGGGAAUCUCAGAGGCUCAAAUCCUGCAUUUUUCGCAACAUUUUCAGUUAGCGUUGAACAUCUGAGGCACACAAACAAAUGGUGGGCUGUUAAUGGUGCAGAUAAAAAUGAAAAAAACAAAUUUUUGCUUACUCAACAGGAGCUUCAGAGAUUUAAGGAAAGGGUUAAAGAUAAAUUGGAAGAUCUUGCAACAGAAGUUGGAAAGGUCUUUGACAAAUCUGUGGUAAUUAUUCAAGAGAAGGAAAAACGUCAGAAAAUUGUCGCUGCACAGCCACCUGAACCUUGUGUUCCACCAGCAAUAGUCUAUCGUACAGUCAGGAACCGCCAUGGUGUCAUGCAGAAUCCAACAGGAUUUCACGACGGGCAGAGAGUUUGGGGUGGAGGUGUUGUAAAACACAAAAAUGCACGACCUGAUCAGUGGUACCCAUGGGAGUUUGAUUUUGAGGAUGGGGGAAAGACAUCCGGUGGUUAUCAGCUUUUUUCAAAAUUUCCUGGCGAGACCAAUGAUUUAGGUGAAAGCGAGGACAUGAAAAGUGGCAACAUUCAUACUGGAGCUACACCGCCAUGGCUUCUUGCUGAUGACGAACACGACACCAACUCAGUUAUGAUUGGUCCAUCGUUGGAGGAAUUUCAAAAACAUGUUGAGAGGUCGAAAAAAUCUGGUAGGAAUCCCAACCGUGUUGGCGCAAACUUUGAUCGCAAAACUGAGGUUAACAGUGAUUGGCUGCCGUCCUUUGGCGGUGUUUGGAAUGCUGGUCCAAGAUGGCAGACAAGGCGGAAUUUCAACCCACGACAUGAAGACAAGAAGUGACGCGCAUUUGUAAUAAUAAUAAAGUUCAUUAUACUAUGCGUAUUCAAUGAACAUUUCUCCAGAUAAAAUAGACUAAUUAUAAUAUAGCAAACAUAUGCGGUCAUAUAAAUCGUUUUGUUACGUCAUGAAGCAGUAUAUAUCUUUUUCGAAAACGUUACCUUGUGCCCGCAGUGGUUAAAGAACCUUCUCUAAACCGACCUAUAUUAUAAGACCGGUUUUAAUUUGAAUGAAAAGUGAGAGCUAUCGAUGAGACGACAUCCAGGGCAGGCAGACAGACAGUUCUGGAAAAUAACCCGUGUAGCUGAAGUGCAUACAUGCCUGCACUCAUAUAUAUAGUUUUUAUUUCAUAAUUCGUCAUUUCGCGAAUUUUUUUGGGCAAAAAAUAAUACCAGAAACUGAUUUCUCUACCAAAGGAUGGCGGUGAUUAGCUUGAAAGAUUUUGAUAACAUUGGGAAGAAUGCUGCAGAAAGCAAAACUCGCCUGAAUAUUGCAUAAAGAAAUUGCUAUGAAAUAACCAUCUCGACCGUGAAUGUGGAAAUAAUUCUCGCCAGCAGAAAGAAAUCUAGACGUGCUUUGAGAAAGGCUUGUUGUUUUUUUAGGAAAUGACUUGACACUCCAUAGUACCUACUCAUGAUAAUGAUAAUGAUAAUGAUAAUGAUAAUGAUAAUGAUAUUUGCAAUGAUAAUGAAGGUGUCAUUUUCAUGUAUGCAGAUGACACUACCCUGUAUGUAAUUGGGCCAACCCAUGAUCAAGUUUGUUCAGCACUAAAUAAAGUUUUAUCUGCGAUGCAAAACUGGUGUAAUAGUAACCUAUUAACACCACAUCCAGGAAAAACAGAAUGCAUGAUAUUAAGUCGAAGCAACUUUAUAGGACCACUACAAGCGAUUAAACU